CCUCUCAUUGUGCAUAUGAAUCAAUUUGGGGAGGGGCAGGAGGAGGGGCUGAAGAGAAAAGUAGAAGGUAAAAGCUUUUAGAAACAGCCAGAACCUCUCUGGCAGUCAGACCAGCUUGGAGGCAGAAAAGUUGCUGGUAAUUCAGAAAUUAUUCCAUCUUACAAAUGAGCAAAGGGAAGACAGAAGCGAGGCUCCGAGGAUUGGAGCUUUGAAAGGUCAACUGGCGGAACCUGUCAUUUUACAAAUGAAGAAACUGAGAUCUCGAGAAGUAAAAGUAACUAGCCUGGGGGACCAGGACUCUCUGGUGGAAGUAGAAAAAGAAGAGAUUCCAGCCCAUCCUGCAGAGGAAGCGGAGGAAGACAAGGAGAUGGUACACGGAACUGUACUAGAAAUGGAAGCUCGGCAGAGAGAAAAUGGGUCAGCCGUGAUGGCUGCAUGGGCCAAGCUGGUGGCAGAUGCUCAGGCCAGGAUGAAAGCAGCAACCCAAGUAUUUUCCCUGGCACAGUCGGAAAAUCUUGAUGAAGUUGUUGUGCUUCCUACAAAGACUAAGUCAAAUACAACACCUCAGAAAUCUCAGAAUGAUGAAGUUCCUCCUAUGCCCACCCCGUUGCCUCCUCUGCAUACGGUCUCCCGAAAUAAUCUGCAGACCUGGUGCCAGAGACUCAAUAUCAGCAAAAAUGGCCGGAAGCACAUUCUAUACAAGAGACUUAUGGACCACGUGUCACCGUCUGAGCAAGACAUCCCCACCGUCGAAGAAAAGGACCAGUGGAUAAAAGUCAAGACAGAAGCUUUGCUUGAAGAGGACUCUCCAGGCGAAAGUCAGGCGAUGGUUAGAGCUGCAGAGCCGUUCACCAAUAAGAAGAAGAAGAGAGAGGCCACAAAGACUUCUCUGGUCCAGACGGCCAGCAUGGCAGCAUGGGGCAGGCUCAUGGCCACAGCCAAGGCUAAGGCUGUGUGGCCUGCAUCUGUCUCUUCUGAGCCUGCUCGGGCUGGCCAAUCAAAUUCCCCACGAUGGUGUGUAGUGCAUGGUGAAUCUUUUCCCAAUGAUGUCUCUGGUUCGGUUCCUCUGGAGUUCCAUGCUGGACAGACCUGGGUGCCUGAAGAAGACAUGCUGAUCCCUCUCCUGUUACUGCCUGCCUGUUCUUUCCCACCGCCCGGUGUGGAAGACAAUUGGUUGUGCCCCAAGUGUGUCUGCAGGAACAAAAUCAUGAUGGACAGUAUUCUGUAACUAAAAAGGACCGAGGCUACAAGACUGCUUUUCAUUUCCUCCAGAUACUGGUUUAAAAUGUGAAUGUUCUUCCUUUCAACUUAAGAGUUUCCUUCCCAGUUAAUCUGUUUCCACUAGGAAAUAAUGUCCUUCCAUCCAGGAUUUUGGUAAGGAUAGAAAAGUCCUUAUAUAAGUCAAUCAGGUAGGAACAAUCUGAUGUUCGCCACCAAGUUCGUGUAUGAUAUUGUCAGCAGCCAAAGAGAGAGAAAUGUGAAAAAUCUUACAAGUAAAUAAAAUUU